AUGCGUGUUUUUUUCUAUGGCAGUGCAGCAGAGCAGUUCGUGCGCCUCCAUCUGCCCACAAGCAGCGAGAUCCAUGAAUCAAACUCGACGAGAUCUCCUCAUCCCGUGUGCGCGGUCAUCCACGGCGGCUACUGGUAGGCAAUCACCAAGUGCAGGAAACCUCUCCUCCCCCAGACUGCUGACUGUCGGCAUGUGUGCAGUGCUGCAGGAAGAAUCAGUAUGAUUUGGAUUCGUACUGCAUCAAGAACAUCGCGCCUGCGCUGGCGAGGAGAGGCUACGCAGCGGUGGAGGUUGAGUACAGACGGCGAGACCACCCGGGAGGAGGAUGGUGGGUGGCAGCCACAUCAGACACCGGUGCAGCGGGGGGUACUUGCCAAGCCAUGUGCACUGGUGUGUUUGUGUCCAUCACAUGAUGCAGGCCCGGCACCAACGUCGACGUGGUGCUCGCCCUCAGGUGAUCUCACCUUGCUUCCAAGGAACCAACCAUUGUCGCUGCUUUGCUGCACCCCUGCCUUGUGUGCGUUGUGUGUACAUGCAGGUACCUCAGCGACCUUGCUGACCCCUCAUCGGCUGCCCUUCCCUUGGACCUCUCCCGUCUGGUCAUCAUGGGCCACUCAGCGGGUGGCUGCCUUGCGAUGUGGGCAGCGGAGGAGAGUCACCGAAUGCACGCCACCGGUGCUGUCGACACCGAUGGGGCUUUGAGGCUGAGUGAGGACGAGCGACAGCGGCUGGAAGGAUGGCGCGCGGUGGUGCCGCAUGGAGUGGUGGCGAUUGCGCCCGUGGCUGACCUCAUCGAAGGGUGAGUGGGCGGACGGCAGGGAGGGAGGGAUUGAACAGAUGAAGACAAUCACUGUUAGUGAUUCAGUUAUGAGCAGAAACUGAGCGACGAGGGCGACGCGGUGGAGCGAUACAUGAAGGUACUUGACGAAGUCUCUGGUUGUCUGUUGUCAUGCUAUCGCUGUGCAGAUGCGCCCCACUGACUCGGUGGCUGCGCGUGAGGCCUACAUGAGGGCAUCCCCCGCCCACCAGCUCCCGAAUCGUGUGCCGCAGGCUCUCAUACUGGGCCGUCGCGACACGGGACGUGCCCUUGGCGCAUGGAGAGAGCUACUACGAGAAGGCCAAGAUAGCGGCGCGUAAUGGUGGGUGCAUAGGAGGAUGGGGGACCUGUGUAUGUUGGACGGGCGCACGUGUACACGUUCGUUCGAUAGCCUCUGUACGUGUGCUGUGCUGUGCUGUGUGUGGUGUGUGUGGUCAUGCAGAUGAGUCGAGUGUGCGUCUGUAUAGCAUUGAGAGUGCGGAUCACUUCGAUCUCGUCGACUGUGACAACAAGAAGUGCUUCGAGACUCUCAUCGAGGCCGUCGAGGGGUUCAUCCACACCUGAUAUACGCGCAUAGACGCAGCGUUGGCGGCUAGCUAGGACAAUGAACGGUUGUCGUGCGUUUCAUGAUCGGCGAAAGAGAUGGACAGAGACACCACUGUGUAUGUGUAUGUGUAUGUGUAUGUGUAUACAAAUACAAAUACAUGCACCAACCGAUACAUAUACAGACAG